CGCGAACAGGUUACGUUCUUAUCAGUGAUAUCAUUUUUAUCUAUUUUCACCUGUUUUUUUACAAUUACUGCUAUACAACGAAAAUGUGAUGUGACCAUUUUAUUUCAGAACACACCUAGUUUUAAGUUUAUUUAUGAAAUUUACCAAAAAUGCGUGCCUUUAAUAAACACCUACUAUUCGCAAUUUUAUGCGUUUUCAUUACCAGUGUAGUUUGUCAACAGGAAACCGAUUUUUCAUUGAGACAAUCCAAUUUAAUAAGUUAUUCUAAAUGCAGGGUAGAUAAAGAUUGUCUGAACAUAAGCAACAACUCUUUCUGUUUUGAUAACGACGCCGAAAAAAUAGGAAGAUGCAAAUGUAGAGAUGGAUUCGAUAUGAUCAGUCGAGAUAAAUCUCAUUUUGAUUGUUUAGCAGCUGCAGGAUACGGCCAACCGUGCGAAAAAAAUAUGCAGUGCCAGUUGAUUUUGACCGAAAUUGCGGAAUGCCACCUUGGAAUUUGUCAAUGUAAAGAGGGCGCCCAUUUGUAUAAAGACGGACGGUGCUAUUUAGGGGUUUUAUUGGAUGAUUUCUGUCAAAGUGACGCAAACUGCUGGUUGCAGGGCGAUAAAUUCGGCAACUGCGUCUUCGGCAGGUGCACCUGCAAAUUCGACAAAGAAGUACCGAACGAAGAUAAAACAGAUUGCAUAACGGGAAAAAAACUAGGCGAGUUGUGCAACAGUGAUGCUGAGUGUUCCAUCACGUACAAUACUCAGUGCAGGGUGAAAUGCCAGUGUGCACCCGAUUUCGUUUUAUCUCGCGACCAAACUAGAUGUCUCAGAGCUGCUACACAAUUCACGGAUAUUUGCGAAGAGAACGACCAGUGCUCUGCUUUUUUGGAAGGAAGCAUCUGCGCUAACGAAACUUGUACUUGCGAAAAGGGUUACCACGGUUAUGGCAAUCGAUGUGUCAAAACAGUGGCUCUUAAAGGUUCUUGUGCCAGUUUGGACGAAUGUAUUUUAGACGAAAGAGAUUCCAACGCGUUAGGUUGUGUGGAUGGUACUUGCGAAUGCCUCAAAGGGGUUGUAAAUGAAACGCUAGGUUGCAAUAGAGGGGAAUUAAUUACGUUUAGUUACAGUGUAGCAGUUUGCUCUGUUAUGUUACACCGGUUUUUUAAUUUUUUAUAAUACAAUUGUUAUUUUAAA